GUUGGUCCGAGAGCUUUGUAGAUAUUAACGCCUGGUGAUUUCUCUGUGUCUUUCUACUCACUCAUCUCAAUCGGGAAGUUCAAUCUUGAACCUUCUUCCAUACUUUGAGCAACAUGGCGACUUUGACCGAAGAACGUAUUGAGCCGUAUGAGACUGUUCCGUGCAUACCUCAUGCGAAGCCUGUCUUGGUGAACCAUCGGCCGACAUACGACCGCCAUGUCUUCAUCGAGCGACCUCUACUAGGUGCUCUUCUCUUUGACAACGUCGACUCUGACGCUCGUGAUCACUGUGCAAAUGAGAGAACGUUCCUCUCAUGGCUACGGUUAGCUAUAUACAUGGCAGUCGUCAGUGUGGCCAUCCUCAUCUCCUUCCAUCUCAAAAGCCAGCCUUCUCCACUUGAAAGACGCAUAGCACUGCCAUUCGGAAUAGUCUUCUGGUUACUCGCUCUCGCUUGUCUUGCUAGCGGAACGGCAAACUACGUAAAGACGGUAAAGAAGUACUCAAAAAGACAGGCUCUGGUACAAACAGGUUGGAAGACUCAAGUGGUUUUUACAGUUGUUGCAACGGCAAUAGUAGCCGCUUGCGUACUCUUCUUAUCGACCAAUGCCAGGUCGGGGCGAACACGCUAAUAUCUGCUAAUAUCUGCGUCUUCUGCGUGCGAGUUCGGAAAGAUGAG